AUGCCCCCAUGUGACUGUAGCAAUUGUCUACCCGAGGAGGCAGAGGCCCUCUGGCUUGGACAGAAAGGCCUCACUGUGGACAAUUUCGACAAAGCCGUCCAAUGGACCGAACCUGAGCUGAAUCAAAUGCUGGAUGACCUCCCGUUGCCACCUCCAAACUCACAGGUCUCAUCGCGCCCGGAACUACUAAGAUGUGGGGCGGAGGACGACAUCCGGUCCUUCUCACCUCUCAAAAGCCUGGUGACCAAGUGGCGUGGAGCUUUUGAAGGUUCAUUUUACAAUUCUUACCCUAAGGACUCGGAAGUCGGCCCAUGGGACUACUUCUCCGAUGCCCUCGCGUGGGAUCUGGCCAUGAAUAUCGACACUAUUGAAAAUCCUAGCGAUCUGGGGAUCUUCCUGCCUGGCGAGAUCAUUGGAGGCCAAUUUCGAACUCUUUUUGCCUCUUUUGUGGAAUGGCAAGAAGGGUUCGAGGGUGCUGCGGAUGCUAUUGCUCAAGCUGUUCAACGUCGUAAGAACAUUAGACGUAAAGGACCUGCCAAAGUGCCGGUCUCAGUGGAAGGGACGGAAUUGGUCAAAAAGAGAGAUGCCGCAGAGAAGCUAGCAAUGAAAGAAGCUAAGUUGGCGGAUAAAGAACUUGCAGAUGCACAGAAAGCGGCACUGGCGAAUGCCAAAAGGUUGCGCAUCAAAGGAGAAGCCAAGGAACGCAAGCGUCUGGCCGAGAAGAGAACUAUGGCUCGUGAAGAAAGGUUGAAGAAUCAAGCUACAAGAGCCCCAAAGGGCUCAGGAACACGUAAGCGGGCAGGACCCUCACCAAAUGAAUCCAGCUCUUCGAAACGAGUCAAUUGCAACACGACUGCCACCUCUAGCCUUCCUCAGGAAAUUCGCCCCCUGUGGCAAACACGUUGGUCACCAUUGGGCGCACACGGUCCUCCGGCCUUUGGGAGAGGUUCUCAUUUGCAUAGCGAAGGAAAUUGGCCAUGGAGGCGUCGGUUAUCUUAUUGGCGUUGGACUGGAAUAUGA